UAAAUUCGCUGCCAUCUUGGAGCUGAAUUAAGUUGAUCCAGCCGUUUUUGUGGCUUCUGUCAUAUCGGAACGGGUCAUAUCGCUAACAUUGAGUCAUUUAAAUCCCAAGACACUCCCAACUUCAGCCAAACUUCGACCUCUUAACAACACCCAGAUAUCCCAAAUACCUACACAUUUAAAGACCGUUUUAGACACCAUCUGAACGAAUAGGAACCAGAAUGGAGGCACACGGCUCAGCGCGCUUGUCCAGGAAGAGAAAGAGAGAAGGUUCCAAUGGGGAGGCAGAGGAGGGCGAGAAGCCAUUGAAGCUAAAACGAUGCACAGUGGGUAUAAAAUAUCCAGCUCCAUAUGCAGACCAGCUCGAGUCAAUGGAAGAUAAGCCAUAUCAGCGCGUCACCAUAGAGGAAGCUCGCAGAGGCACUCCACCUGACAGGCCCGUUCGAGUGUAUGCCGAUGGGAUCUUCGACAUGUUCCAUUCAGGUCAUGCCCGAGCUCUCAUGCAGGCCAAAUGCCUUUUUCCCAACACGCACCUCAUUGUGGGCGUGUGCAGCGAUGAACUCACACACAAGUUAAAGGGCUUCACAGUCAUGAACGAUGACGAGCGUUAUGAUGCGAUCAGUCAUUGUCGCUACGUGGACGAAGUGGUCCGCAAUGCUCCUUGGACGCUCACGCCAGAAUUUCUGACCAAGCAUCGGAUUGACUUUGUGGCUCAUGAUGACAUCCCUUACUCAUCAGCUGACAGUGAUGAUGUUUACAAGCACAUCAAAGAAGCAGGAAUGUUUGCACCAACCCAAAGGACAGAGGGCAUUUCCACCUCUGACAUCAUCACACGCAUUGUGCGAGAUUACGACGUAUACGUCAGACGGAACCUUCAGCGUGGCUACACCGCUAAAGAGCUCAACGUCAGCUUUAUCAACGAAAAGAAGUACAACCUUCAGGAGCGCGUGGACAAGGUGAAGAAGAAGGUGAAGGAUGUGGAGGAGAAGAGUAAAGAGUUUGUGCAGAAGGUGGAGGAGAAGAGCAUCGACCUCAUCCAGAAAUGGGAGGAGAAAUCCCGCGAGUUCAUUGGCAACUUCCUGCAGAUGUUCGGACCGGAGGGAGCACUGAAGCACAUGCUGAAGGAGGGGAAAGGCAGAAUGUUACAGGCCAUCAGUCCGAGACAUAGUCCCAGCAGCAGCCCCACACGAGAGCGCUCGCCCUCCCCAACCUUUCGUCUACCCUUCUUCGCUAAAACCUCCCCUCCCUCCUCCCCCUCCUCCCAGCACAGCGGCGCCCUGUCUGGCUACACCUUUGCAGCCCGUGGACAGGCCAUCAGCGAGGAUGAGGACGAUGAAGAUUAGAAUGUGUUUGCCCUCCAUGCAUUUGUCUUCCAGUACUGGCAAUCGAACUUCAAGGCGAAGCAAUCCUUAUACACAAAUACUGUACGUUUCGCUCUCUGUAUUUUAGCUGAUUUUAGAGUUGUCAAGGUAAAAUGAAGCGCACAAAGUGCACUGUCAGCCCGCAGGUUCUCGUAGUGACUUGAAUUUGUGGAGGUUCUAAAUAAAUAACUGGCAGUGAUGGGAUGCGUGUGUUAAAACUUUAGCAUCUCGUUUUAAAGAUUGAUAGGAAUGAGCGUACAUGGUAUUAAUACGUUUUAUUUUUGUUGCUGGUUCAAAGUUCAGCUUUAAUAUGAUUCUGUUGUUUUUAUCAUAAUAUAUAGUUGUUAGCCAUUACAUAGUUAAUGUUGCAUUUGUAAUGGGCGAGACUAGAGAGAAAUGUCGAAACCACUAUUUGCGCAAUCAUGUGUUUUGCAUUCAUGGUCUGUUCAAUCUGUACAAGAGCUAAAGACAUGAAAAGGACUAUUUGUCUUUAAUGCAUUAUCAUUGUUGUCAUAACGUAAAAGAUUAGCUGAAUUGAAAUAGCUACAAACAUGACUUUGGUUGGAAAAUAAGUGCACAAUCAAUGUAAAAUGAGAGCUUGCUUAAUCGAAUGAACUUUUAGAUAUUUGUGUCAUGCUUACACAGAUAAGAUUUCUAAACUUUCCUUAAAACAGAACGGUAACAACACUAUAUACUUAUCAUAGUCAUAAAUUGUUCAUGUGAAAAUGUAACGAAAGAACAGUAAAUUUAUUUGACACUUUGUUUCACUGAUUUUAUUAUGUACUUGUCACAAAAAAAACAUACUUGUCACCCUGUAAUUGAUUUAAAAAUCCUUUAAGAAUCAUCAGUUCACUUUGAGUUUUAAGGGCUAGUUUUUCCAAACCCACAUUAGACCUUGGUCUCACACCACAGAGCUUUUAUUUAACCUGUAACAUUCCCUAAACCUCUGAUAGCUUUGUCAUGUACAACUAUGGACUUCACAGGCCAAUUAUUGUGUUUAAAUUGAGAGCACCUGUGAUUUUAAUGUGUACUUUUGGCUCGUUUUUUGCUUUGAAAGUAAACCUGCUGUCCAGAUCUGCACUGAUGUCAAAAUUAACUGAUUUAUCUGCAAAUAAUUGUAUAAAGCUUCAUGUGGCGUUUUCCAUCCUCUGCCUUUUCCUUUGCACAAAUGAAGUGGAACUAGGAGAGGGUUUUAUUAACUUCCCGGACCUGUCGGCUUUGAUUGUACAUGAUAGCAUAACAAACGGGAAGACAAAUAAACUGUCUAAAGUAAAAGAAAUAGCGUUGGCUUAUUU